AUGAUCUCAACGGACGGUCUAUGGCUACCAUAUAGCGCCGCAGAAUAUGGACAUGUUACCCAAGGCUUGACGGAUUUCAUUCCGCCAGAACCUAUUACACCAACUCAAUUCCCCCCCGUUGAUCCAUUAUCAUGGUACACGGGGGGUACGGUUACUCCAGCUGCCAAACAGACUGCAACGUCGCCCAGCCAGGUUUACUCUCUCGCAUCUGACUCUCCUAUCUAUACUCCCAUGGGCUACUUUUAUGGCGCGCCCUUUAACCCUCUAAGAGAUUCCCAACAUCCUCUACUGCCUGCUGGACCCUUUCAACAACCCCGCCAUGCUUUCUGGAAGAAACAAAUCAAACCUAACCUCAGACUCGGCUCUCAAUCGCCAAUAACCAAGCCGCUGGAAUACAAAUGCAAGAAACCCGGCUGCAACGGACGCUUCAAACGACAAGAACAUGUAACGAGACACAUGAAAAGCCAUCUGGACGAAAAGCCGUACGUGUGCUGGGUGCCCUUCUGCAACCGGGCCUUCUCAAGAGGCGACAAUCUCAGCGCCCAUUCCAAGACUCAUAGCAAACGGUCCGGUCGCAAUCGAUAUGUGUCUACCUUGGAUGGAACCAGUCCUGACUAUGAUCCGGAUUUCAGGGGGGAGUUAACACCUGACGGGCGUCCUAUUUAUGAGUUUACGUUGGGAGAGCCUGUUACUGGGCAUGUUGGAUUAGGGAACGGUUUGAAGGAUGAGACAAUUUAA